GAGGAAUUCCUGACCUCUUGCAAUUCGUCAUGGAGCUCGCGGGACCGAACAUCUGCGCUGAGGAAGUUGGGUCGCAUCGGAGUUUCAAAUGUCGCCGAGCUGUUGCGCUUGGAACAAGAUGGGCUUUUGAACAACAUGCUGGCUGCUGCUGGCGAGCGGCGUUUCAGUCCAGAAACAUUGGCCAGCAUCCGAAUGGCAGGAACAGCGGAAGAAGACAGCGAGCAAGACAUUUUGGAAGAAUUCGCCCAACUUCUCAGCGAUUGCGUUUGCGUUGACAGGACAACUUCACCAGCCGCUGCGUCGCACGAGCGCUCUGGCCGACACACGGCUGAUGGGUUGUUCCGCAGGCAAGUUAACCGUGGACUGGCGUACAUCGACCAAGCUGCCAAAGAGGUGCACAUGCGCAAUGAGCACUUGUCUCGAUGCCUCGAAGAGGUCCAAGUGGACAUUUCAAGGAUUGCUGACCGCAUGCAGGCUGCUCGACGCGAACGGGAACGUGGUCGUGCAGCUACGAGUGCUGCAGCUUCGCGCAUGUUCGCAGAGCCGGCCAUGGGCAAGCAAUCAUUUUACGCCCCGAGGGCAGCGGAGCCUCCGGUACGACCGGCUGCCAGCAGGACAUAUUUUUCGACUUACGCACGGGCUUCUUCACCUCGAACGAAGACAUCGUCCCGAAAGUCAGGAUUGGAAGGUGAAAGCCCACGAUGUGCGCGAGCAGCGCAGGAAGGUUUCCGUUUUGGAGGUUGGCAGCCUCCAUCGCGGCCGCUAAGUGAGACAACGAGCAUAAGGAAACCCGAUCAGAUCUUGCAGGACUCGGUCCGCGCACAGCUGGCCUCACUGAAGCAUGAGAGCAAAGCAGACCAAAAGGCAGCGGUCAAGCGCCUGCUGGUUCAAUGGCAUCCGGAUCGAAAUCCUGAAAGUCAAAAAACAGCGACCGAAAUCUUCCAGUUCAUACAGGAGGAGAAGGACAAGAUGUUGGGACUCUAG